CAGUCCACCACCAAUCCAGUUCGCCACGGCCAGCGGCCACGCCAUGCCUCUCCACGCCCGCGCACCGCCGCUCCACCGCUCCUCCCACCUUCUCCCCACGGCCACCGCUCGGCUCCGCCAGUGCUCGGCAGCGCCAGCGGCCAAGCCCCGUCGCCGCACCCUCUCCUCCUCCUCCCUCGUCCGCGCCUCCAACUCCGACCCUUCGCAGCAGCAGCAGCAGGUCAACCUCUCCGUCCUCCGCUUCACCCUCGGGAUUCCGGGGCUGGACGAGUCGUACCUCCCGCGGUGGAUAGGCCUCGGUUUCGGCGCGCUCGUGGUCCUCAACCACCUCAUCUCCCCGUCCCCCACGCCCGCGCAGCUCAGGUCCGAGGCUCUGGGGCUGUGCCUGGCCGCGUUCUCGGCGACGCUGCCGUUCCUCGGGAGGUUCCUUGAGGGCGCUGAUGCUGCCAGCCGAGUGCCGUUGCCCGAGGGGAGCAGCCAGGUGUUCGUCAUGUCCGAGAACCUGUCUGCCGUGCAGAAGGAGGACAUGGCGUGGGCGUCGUACGUCCUGCUGCGGAACACAAACACCACUUCUGUGGUCAUAGCAAUUGGGGAUCUCUUCUGCAUACGAGGAUACUGGAAUCCACCUGCAAAUACUUCAAAAUAUGCGAUGAUUGAAUGGUUCAAAAGUCAGAUGCAACAACUAGGACUUGUUGAUUUGAAGGAUGCUUUGUACUUCCCUAAUUCCUCGGAUUCUCAGCUUGUGAAGAUUCUGCCAGAUGGGAUUCUUUCUGUGUUAGCUCAACCAAUUCUGAGUCUUGAUCCAGCUAAUAAUGAAACAAAAACUGAAGGAGUCAUCCUGUUGGCCUCCAAUGCGAAUUAUGCAUAUAGCGAGAAAGAUAGGGCCUGGAUAAGAACAGUUGCAAACAAAUUUCAACGUGUUUAAUUCAGAGGUACCAAAGAAAGGCUGACAGUCAUGCAGUAGUGGAAAAUGGAUUGGGAAAGAUUGGAGACUGUAAACUGUGAAGUAGACUGACUGGUCCAAGCAGGAUUUGGAGUCUUGGUAACAUGGACUAAGCAGAUGUGAUCUAAGAGAAUUUCGCAGUUGGAGGGAGAUCGGUACUAAGCUAUUGUUUCAUUGGGUUUGGUACUAGUUGAAGCAAAAUAGUCCCGCAAUAUUUUGUUCAGUGGACAAGAGACUAAGUGCUGAUGUGUUUGGUUUGUUUCAUAGCCUUAUGCUUUGGUAUAUCUUAUUGGAUUCACCAUUGAAGCAGAAAGGCUGCUCCAGGGAUUUAUUGACUUGUGCAAAAUAGCAAUGCUAUCAUAGUUUACACACACUCCAUUAAGGUAGCUGUCCACCUGGCUGCAUUGAUAUUAGCAGUUAAAGCUUCUCGAGUCCAAAGUGUUGUCACAGAUCAGGGGUUUCAAACACUGCAGAUCAACUACAAUCUUUCAUAUACUAUGUACCUAGAGGUUUGAGUGCAGAUAGGGACCUUUUCAGUACUGAUUUUUCUCGUCGGAAUUAGUCUCAGUUGCUAAUAUACACAAACUUAACAGAAGAUGGGAAUGCUUGUUAAUUCUGUUGAGCCACUGUUGGAAAUCAUUUCUUCAGGUUGUAGGUAAUUUGUAUCUUCAGAUUUCGCUGCAUCAUGUAUUAAUGUGAAGAUGUGGACCCAACCUUUCAACAUUUUGGAAACAUAUUUAUGUGCUAGUUGUUUCCAGGUCUUUACCAUGAGUUA